UAAUCAAAUGUCCCUUCGCUCCUUUUGGGAAUGCAGCUGGACUUCAUUUCCCGUUGUGCACCGCGACAAAAAGCGAAACUAAAGGGAACCCAGGAGAAAAGUCGGCUGUUGAGAGGAAAACAAAAACGCGAGCGAGCGGGGGCUCUCCCUGUGUGGGCGUCCAACUCGAGGGAGAAAGGAAAGGGAAACGGCCCUCUUCCUCGUAAACGAAAGUUGACUUUGACGCAGCGGGCUAUAAAAGCUGCAAUUUGGACACUGGCUCGGCGGCAGUCGAAGGCGAGACGUUUCUUCACGAUGUCGUACACGGUGGUUUUCUUUGAUCUGGAGACAACUGGACUGGACACUCAAAAGUGCGAUAUCAUCCAGAUCGCGGCCGUCUGCAACAGACGGGUCUUCAACACCUAUGUCGUCCCCCGCUGCGCACUCACCAAGGAGGCCAGCGACGUAACGGGUUUCUCGCUGGCGAACGGCUGUCUCUUCCGCCACGGGAAACCCAUGGACACCGUCCCACUCCGCCAGGCUCUCGAUUCUUUCAUGGAGUUCCUGUCCUCUUUCUGUGGGCCGCUGUACCUAGCCGCCCACAACGCCAACCGCUUUGACGCGCCCGUCCUGAACCGGGUGCUGAGGGAGUUCUCCCUCCUCCACCCGUUUCAGAGUGUCGUGUUCGCAUACCUGGACACCUUUCUGCUCAGCAAGAGGAUGUUCCGCAAUUUCUAUAGCUACUCCUUGGCGUACAUGGUGCAGUACUUCCUGGAGAAAUCCUACGACGCCCACAACGCACUGGAGGAUGCCAGGAUGCUGCAGGAGCUGUUUCAGGUGUGGAAGCCGGGCAGGAAUGUCGUGUUGAAUUGCUUGAUCUAGAGCACACUUCCUAUCUAAGCCCUGGAGGUCAGAUCCAGUUGGCCACGUCACUUUUGGGCGCUCACUAAUCAAAUCGUGUGUCUGCUUUAUGCUACUUUGGCAAGAAAUCUGUAACCAAAUUGCAUUUUCCUCAUCUAUAAUCAGCAUUUUUUCCCCUAUAUUUUGCUUGUCACAAUUUUCAGUUCCCUAAUUGCAUGACUUGAAUUUCAAAAUUUCCUGACCAAAAAGUGAAGAAAACAUUUUUUUUAAGAAACAUGCCAAGCAGAAUAGUAAGUUUGCCGCUAGGGUUUUUUUUUUGCCUCAACCUAUAGAAUAACAAAAAAUACUCUGAAAGCAUUUUUGAUGCCAAAAAUCAUAAUUUAUAAAAAUAGAACUGAGAAACAGCCGUGGGUAACGCUGACACACGGUAUGGCGUGAGUUGAACGUCAGUGGCUUUUCAACGUGGCCCGGUGGUUUAUUUCCAGACUUCUGUGGACCAAAUACAGC